AAAGGAUUGGAUCACAAAAUAAAUACUUCUUUCUCUUCCCCAAUGGCUAACAUACAUUUUAGCCCUAAAUCAUCAGCUUCCAUGUCCUUUCUAAUGUUUCUCUAUGUUCUUCUUUUAACUGCCUUAGUUCACAUAACAGAUGCUCAAAUUGGAGUGUGUUAUGGCAUGCUGGGUGACUUACCACCAUCUCAAGAAGUUGUGGCCCUUUACAACCAAAAAGGUAUUAGGAGGAUGCGUCUCUACGAUCCAAACCAACAAGCCCUUCAAGCAUUGAGGGGCAGCAACAUUGAGAUCAUUAUUGGUGUCCCCAAUGAUCAACUCCAAAGGGUGGCUUCUAGUCAAGCCGAAGCCAACACAUGGGUCCAAAACAACGUGAGGAAUUUUGGGAAUGUCAAUUUCAAGUAUAUCGCGGUGGGGAAUGAAGUGAGCCCAUUAAACGGAGCCACGUCAAGGUUUGCACAAUUCUUAUUGCCGGCAAUGCGAAACAUUCAAAACGCAAUAUCCGGGGCUGGCCUUGGAGGUCGAAUUAAGGUAUCCACGUCAUUAGACACAGGGAUACUCGGAAAUUCAUUUCCUCCUUCAGCAGGAGCGUUUAGGUCGGAGCUUGGAUCAUUUUUGAACCCUAUCGUUCAAUUUCUAGUUACCAACCGCUCGCCACUACUCCUUAACUUGUACCCUUACUUUAGUUACGUGGGCAACACUAGAGAUAUUCGUCUCGACUAUGCCCUGUUCCAAGCCCCUUCGGUCGUGGUUCAAGAUGGUCCGAACGGAUAUAGAAACUUGUUCGAUGCCAUACUUGACGCGGUCUACUCGGCCCUUGAGAGGACCGGGGGUGGGUCAGUGCAGAUAGUCGUGUCGGAGAGCGGGUGGCCUACGGCUGGAGGAACGGCGGCAACAACUGAGAACGCGAGAAUUUACAACUCGAACUUGAUUCAACAUGUGAAGGGAGGGAGUCCAAAGAGACCCGGGGGGGCCAUUGAGACAUACAUAUUCGCCAUGUUUGACGAGAGUAGGAAGGAUCCGGAACUUGAGAAGCAUUUUGGCUUGUUUUUCCCAAACAAGCAGCCUAAGUACCCAAUUAAUUUUGCUUAAUUAAGCAAAUGGGACUUCUUAAAUAAGGGCAUUAAUAAUCCCCAAUGAAUAAUUUCUCUAGCUAUUGUGAUGCAUGCCCUUUUGAGGUGUGCAAAGAGAAAAAUAAAUGAUAUGUAAUACUACAUCAAAUUAGUGCAUGCCCAUGUUUUUAAUGUUAUUGAUUUUCUUUCAUAGUUUA